UUCAGGUCCGAGCUGGCUGUCGAUUUCAAGUUCUAGCAAAGAGGAAACAAAAAGAUGCUGCCGUGAGUCCCGUUGUUGCCAUAGCAACAUAUUCAUAAAUAAACACACGCAAUACGUGUGUAACUGUUAAAAACAAAGUGCUUGUAGAAUUCUGUUCAGUAUUUGUUCUCGUGCAAGAUGUCUGACGAUGAAGCAGACAGGGGAAAACGGCCUGCAGGGGAUGACAGCAAGAAAGCUCCUUCGACGGAGCCUCAUGGUUUGGUGCCAAAAGAGGAAGACAAAAUUCGUCAUCCAGCACCCGGUGCUUCUUUCAUUGAAUUGCGCCAAUACUGGGCGAGACCCGAUAGGCCUGAUGAGCCUGGUGUUUUGGAACCCGAUCACCCGUUGAUGCAGCGAUUCCAACAGACAUUACGUGCAUUUCUUGAACGCCAAAAUCUUCGCUUGACCGAAGAACUUCGAGACUUGGAAACAGAUUUAAAGCAGGCUACCCAAGCACGCGAUGAUGCUGGAGUACGAUUGUACGAACGACAGCAAGAAGUGUCAGUGCAACAGCGUAUGCUUGAAAAAUGUCACAGCGAGCUAGAUCAUAUUUCUUCUCAACGCCAGCAAGAAGAUGAAGAUGUUGAGAAGAUUCAGAAAGAACGCAAUGAAUUUGCAGAGGCGCUUGCGAGGGAGGAAGAACAAGAGGCGGCGCUCAGCACGUCGCUGCAGAAGCUGGUGGCGGAGGAGCGGCAGUUCUCGGAGUGGGCGGAGGAGAUGCGCGCGGAGCUGGCGGUGUCGCAGCGCGCCGCCGCCAAGGACCGUCAGCAGAUCCGCACCAUGGCCGAGGAGAAGCGGCGCCAGGACGCGCUCCUCUACAAGCUCACCGCCGAAGUGGCCAACCUGCGCGACCAGAUGGCCGACCUGGCGGGCAAGCUGCGCAUCAAGGAGCAGGAGCGCAAGGAGGCUGGCCAGGCCGCAGCCGACGCCGGCGCCGACAUUGAGGUGGCGCAGCAGCUGGCGAAGACGGCGAAGGACCUGCAGCGCGACCUGGACAAGCUGGUGGAGCGCAAGCGCGCGCUGGAGCAGGAGUCUCUGGAGACGCUGAGCGAGCAGCUGCGCAACGACAAGCUGACGCAGUACCUGCGCCGCGUCGCCGCCACGCUGCGCGACCGCACGCGCGAGCAGGCGCUGCUGGUCGUCGAGCGCGGCGCGGAGAUCCUGGCGGAGAUGCGGCGCGAGGACGACGAGGCGCAGCGCCAGGUGGACGCGGCGGAGCAGGAGCUGGAGACCAUCACCAAGACCAUCGCCAAGCGCACCGCCAGCCUCGUGCUGCUCAACAACCGCCUCGAGGCCCUCAUCGCCAAGCUCGGGGGGAAGUUCAAUCCACUGGAGGCGAAGCUGACUGCGCUGACGACGGACCUGCGCGAGCUGGAGGUGGAGGUGCAGAACGCGCAGGCCUUCUGGCUGCGCCAGCAGAACAACGCCGUCACCCUCACGCAGCAGCGCAACGACCAGAUCAACCGCCUCACGCGCCUCCGCAAAGACAGACGGUUAGGAUGA